UAUAUUUAUAAAAACUUGAAUUUAAAACUUUCAACGGUUCAAAUGUGAUUUAUAUAUUCUUGAUUUCACAAAAAUACAAUUUUAUUGAAUUCAAUUAUCUAACGUAACCGUUUUCCUUUCGGCUACUAAAACUGACCAAACAAAACAUUUAUUACGGAAACCGCGUUCCGUAAUAUUUGAUAAACUGGAGUAGUGUCCCUUUGUGUCUGCAACAGAUUGAAUGGCAGCGUCCAGGUUCGCUCAAACCUCUGCGGAGGAGAGGGAUAAAAAACGUAUGCAAAUAAACAGCAAGAAAACAUUAAAAGCAAACAAAGGUGCUGCAAAGAUUUUUAAAGAUUAUCUACAGGUACAAGGCGAAAGUAAGAAUUUUGAAGAAUUUGACAAUGCCAAACUGGAUGAGAUGUUGGGACGAUUUUACAUGGACUUGCGAAGAGAGGAUGGAACAUACUACAAAGUAAAUUCAAUGGAGACGAUCCGCCAUGGAAUCAGCAGAUAUUUAAAAUCGCCCCCUUUUAACAGGAAAAUUGACAUAGUGAAGGAUUCCUUGUUUAUAGAGAGCAACACUUGCUUUAAAGCUGUGUUAGCUGAGGCCAAAAGACUGGGGAUGGUGGAAGUUCAUCACCCUAUUAUUUCGGACACUGACUUAAGCUUACUGUAUACAAGUAAUAACCUUUCUAUAGCCACACCACGGGGUCUCUUCAACAAAGUGCAGUUUGACAUUCGAAUGUUUUUCUGUCGAAGGGGAAUAGAAAACAUGCAUACCAUGACCAAGAAUACAUUCAGAGUCGAAAUAGAUGAGAAUACUGGUCGUAAAGUUGUAACAAAAAACUUAAAUGAUUUCACAGAAAAUUGUCAUGUGAACAAAGAAGCUUCCUCGGGGAUAAUGCCAGAAAUUCAAGGAUCCAAAUAUUGCCCAGUUCUUUCUUUUGAGAUGUAUUUAUCGAAGCUACAUCCAAACUGUGACAAACUUUGGCAGCGACCUAAAGAAAACAUCACAGAUUCUGAAUCAGUGUGGUACUGCAAUCUCCCAGUCGGUGAGAAGAAGUUAAGUACAUUUUUCAGUUCUUUGAGCAGAGCCACCAACUUGUCUCGAGUGUAUUCAAACCAAUCUAUAAGAGUGACCGGGGCAUCAAUUCAAUCAAAGUGUAUGCAUGACUCGCAGACAAUGACAGGUGCAGGACACUUGCCUGUUCAGAGCAUUAGUGAAUAUGUUCUUCAACGAGUAAGUGACACACAAAUCAUCCAGCCGCUCUGUGUAAAUCCAGUACCUACCCCCCGAUUGUUGAUAUUUUCAAGGGUUGAUAGGCCUACUAUCAUAGCUGGCUCCACAACCACUUGGGAGACAUCGCAGAUAGAAGCAGCAGCAACACACAGUGAAGCCCAGAUCAUGGAAUGCGAUCCUACCACUAUAAAGACAGAGCCACCAUUUACAGAUUAUGAUGCACAACUGACGGCUUACAGAGAGAGUAUGGAAAGUUUGGUUCAGAGAACAUUGGAAGCACAUGGGAGGAUCCAACAAUAUAUCUACAAGACGCCUCUCACUUACUCCAUUCCCUUCAGUAAACAAAGCAUUGACUGCAAAGUCUUCAUCAAACUGGAAAGUGAACAGUUGACGGGAUCAUUUAAGAUUCGUGGUGCUUUCAACAAGCUGUUGAAGUUGUCAUCUGCUGGAGACGUUGUCAAACACUCAGGAAUAAUCACAGCAUCCUCUGGAAACCAUGGCAUGGCUUGUGUUGAGGCUGGAGGGACCCUGGGUAUCCCAGUGACUGUGUACUGUCAGCGAGGUGUGGACGAACACAAGAAGCAGGCUCUUCUGGACAGAGGGGUUCGAGUGGUGCUACACGGAAACGACUGUGUGGAGGCUGAGAACGAGGCUAGAGCCGCUGCAAUGAGGGAGCAAAAAGAAUAUGUGUCACCAUAUAAUGAUGUAGAUGUCAUAGCUGGCCAAGGAACCAUUGGGAAAGAGAUUCUAGAGAGCUGUCCUGAUGUUGACUGUAUUUUAGUUCCUGUUGGAGGUGGAGGAUUGAUAUCUGGAAUAGCUCGAUAUGUCAAACAAGUCCGACCUUCUGUAGAGAUAAUAGGAUGCCAACCCAAGAAUAGCAAAGUGAUGUUUGAGAGUGUGAAGGCAGGCAGGAUCGUGCUUGAAGAAUCUCUAGACACCCUGUCAGAAGGAACAGCUGGAGGAGUAGAAGAAAACUCGAUCACUUUCCCUCUGUGUGCUGAAUACGUGGAUGACUGGAUUUUGGUGGAUGAGGAGGAAAUUGGGAAAGCCAUAAUCUUUAUGUUGCAACAUCACCACAAGGUUGUGGAAGGAGCGGCUGGCAUGACACUUGGUGCCUACAUGAAGAACCCCGAGAGAUUCAGCGGGAAGAAAGUAGUUGUGGUUGCUUGUGGAGGGAACAUAGGAAUCGAAAAGCUAAAGCACCUUUUGUCUUUAUAUGCCUGAACAUUUUAACACACUUUAUUUUUUAUAUUGGUGCUGAAGUGCAAUAUAAAUAAUAAGACUACUGUUGAUUAUUUUUUUUUUCAUAAAUUUAUGUUGACUAUUUGCCAUGUUUAAAAAAUAAAAGAAUAAAAUGUU